UGUUAUUCAUCUGCUACGUAGCCUAGUACAUAGAUGCACCCAACCUGCUGCAGUUUGUCUAUGGCGUCACAAAUCAUUUUGUUUUUGUAUUGCUUGCCCUGCUGCCUGGUCGUCUUGUUUGUAGCUGCACAUCAACAUACAGUAUAUAUUGAAGAAAAGGGCAGCUUUCUCCAAGCAAGAGGCUGAUCCUGCGCACAAACAGACGAGUUCGGGACACGGGCGGUUUUCACGUCACGCGCUCUCUCUCAUCCAAUGCAGCCGUGUAUGCUUCGACUAUACCCUUUUCAAUAGUCAAGUAACGAGGUACGUCAAGUGCGGACGCAGCCCGUCUCUUUGUCUUUCACGGUGGUCUCCUUUUUGUCAUUACUCCAUUGGGCGAUUUUGAUUGCGAUCGUCUCGUGUCUGUUUGCACUACAUUUACAUAAUCACCGUGCGUGUCGGUCUAAUUAAAUUAUAAAACAGACAACAAGACCAAAAGAAUCGAAAAAUGUCAUCGGAAGAGUUAAGUUCUAUUGUGCAUCGAUUAUUUGCGGUGGGCUAUUCGUUAACCGUCUGCCUCGCCAUCAUGGUCAGCGUGAGCUCAGGUGUGGUGACUGAUUAUUGGAAAGACACCAUCGACGGAUGCAUUCUCUACGCAGACGUUUACCAGCCGGACGCACUGACCCAACACAACGGACAGCAUCGUCCACAGCCGAAGAUCCCCGUCAAAAAUAGCUCUUGGGUCAUGACCGGCUCCGACUUGUCCGUCUGCAAUUACACCACAUUUACGCCCGUUUUUUUCAUAUUCAUCGGCCUGAUGUGCAUCAGCUAUCACCUGAGGCAUCUCUUUUGCAAGCAUUGCUGGAGGGCAGAAGAAUCGGACGUCAAAUCAGAUUUCUGGGAGAUGAUGGUCCGUCUGUUGGUCGUCUUGUCCGUGUUAAUGACGCUGCUGGCCCUGGUCGUUGCUUGCAUUCUCACGCACGGCCACGAUUACACGUGCAGUGGGUUGCGCAGUUACGUCACCUCGCAAGGCUUGUCGCCCUGGCUGGGCAUUUCAUCGAUGCAGAUACACGAACUGUUUGAACGACUCGAUUGCGGAUUUUUCUACUCGGCGCUGGAUCAUGGAUUGAAGAUCGUCAGCGAGCACGAAGACGAGGAUGAGGCAAUCGGCCAGGCCCUUAGAUCAGCGGCCAUGACUAGCACCGGUUCUAUAAUCGACAGCAAUUCUGCACUGGAAGUUGCCAUGGCCACCGGUUGGUUUCAAUUCUUCAUUUGGCUCGCAUUGACAGUGGCCAACUUUUGGUUAGCCAUUCGACUCAAAGUUUCAAUGCUACCCGAAUCCGUCAACCUGCCCGCACUGCCCAACAUCUUCAACAAGGAAUAACUUUUUUCGAAAAACGACUUGACGUAUGCUGCCAUUUAAACAAACAAACAUGGAACAGCUGAUUAUAUAUAUAUACCUAUAUUUAAAUUUAUGUAUAUUAUCAGUUCAUUGUGUUUUUCGUCAUAAUCGUCCCUUUAAUGCAGCAAAUGUCUGAAUACUAAAUGUGUUUCAUUGAUUUA